AAGUCCAAUUCAUUUUCACCAUUGUUUGCAUGCAAGCUUCGCGCCCUUUUUCUCUCUCUUUUUUCUCUGUCGUUCUCUUUUGUUCUGUCUCGGUGUUCUUCGGGUUAUCUCUCUCGAACUCGGGCUUUGAUUGUUGAAGGCUUUGUGUUGAGAAAGACUGCGUCUUUUUGUUGAGGCGCAAUGAUAGACUAUAGCUUGCCGAUAGCGAAGAGAACUAGGCAAAAGCAAGCCCUAAUUUACAAGGAGUACUCUGAGCAAAAGAGAAAGAACGAGAGGGAGGAGAAUAAUGGGGUUACCUCGUACAGUUCCCGCAGACCCAGUAGAGGUAAUCGGAAGAAAUUACUGGAGGAUAAUACUAAAGGGGUUUGUGGUUCUCUGAGAUUAGGGACUAAUUGUAGAGCGGAGACACAGACUGAGACUGUUUCUGUGUCUGAUAGAAGUGAGGAGGCCAGUGUGGAAGAGAUUCACGUGAAUGAUUCGGUUGAAAGAUGCAGAACUGAAUCGAGGGAUUUUGUGGGUAGGAAGAGUAUGGGGUUGAAGAAUGAGGAAAACUCCAAGACAGGUUUUGAGGGAAUGAACAAUGUAAAGGAGAUUAUGGUGGAUGAUAGUGACGAACAGAUGGUUGUUUUGCGUGAAGGGGUAGGUUUGGACUGGUUAAACUCGAAUUGUUCAAGUUUGAAAUUAGGGGUGGAGGGAGACGAAGGUGUUGUUUGCAUUGAAGUUGACGAUGGGAAUGGUUUGAGAGGGAAACAUGUGAAUGAAUGCGGUAGUCCACAUUCCAGUGGCAAGAGGGAUAACGAUGAAAUGAUUUCAUCGUUGAAAAGAAAGGUUGAGAGUGGUUGCUUAAUUUUUUCUGACAGGAAGAGUAGCGGUGUGACGGGCAGGACUCAGUCACGGUUAGGAUUUUUGAAAAGGAAUGAAAUUGAGGAUGGUGAUGAUGACAGGACUUGGUCACGGUCAGGACUGUUGAAAAGGAAUGAAGACGGGCAUGGUGGUGUUGAUGCUGCAUCGGAUAAUUCAGAUGGUUCGAAAAGGAAUACGGACGAGGAUGGUGAUGGCAAUAUUGUCUCUGAUGGAUUGAGAAGGAAUGUGGAUGAGGAUGGCGGGGAUAAUGUUGUUUCAGUUGAUUCAGAUGGGUUUGAGAUAUCGUUGAAAUUGGAAAGCUGUGAUAAUUUUGCAGCAUUGAGCUCGGAUAGCUGGGCUGAAGAGGAAGAGAAAGAGGAAGAUUACGAGGAAAACGAGAAUAGAGGAAAUCAUGAGAGGGUAAGGCCAAGGGGAAUCGACAAUGGAUUCAAGAAGAGAAAAUAUGGGUUAGAUAUGUUGCUUAAUUCUCAAAACGACAAAGAUAGCAAUAUUAAUAAUGACAAAGGCUGCUGUUCUGUUAACCCCAGUAAAGAGUUCGAUUGUGUGGCCGGAAGAACUCGUUCGCAUUUUACCCCGAAAUGGGGAAAGAAGAAAAUGGAGCUCGGAACUUUAAGUCGCCCUUUUUGUCUUGAUGAGGAGGAAAUGGAAUCUUUUUCUGGGCAUGAUGACAGUGAUGAUAGUGGUGAUAAAAGGGAAGUUGGGUCUGAUUACGAGAAUGAAGAUGAUUUGAGUGAUGACGAGAGUGAAGAUGAUUUGAGUGAUGACGAGACUUAUCUCGGCGUUAAGAAAGCUGUGUCUACGAGAGAGAAGUGCAAGACUAACAAAGGCAAGCUGAGGAUGCCCACCGAGGGAAAAUGUAUCCGUUUGGUAAAGAGUUGUGAUUUUAUGAAGAUUCUUGUAGAUUCCAUGUUGGAGAAGGGAGAAUUUUCUCUGGAAGAGUUGGAUUGUUCUAGAGACGUAGCUUCCAGAAAUGAAAGCAAUCCACCAGUUGCCGAGACAACUCUACCACUGAAGUUCACUUUUGGAAUUGAGGAGUCAAAUCCACCAGAGAAAUCAGAAGACGAGAAAGAAAUGGAUGAACUUUGGGCUCAGCUUGAGCUUGCUCUCAGAGCUAGUGAAAUUGGUUCAGUCGAUUCUGCUAAGGUUGAAGAUGAAGAUGCCCUUCCUCCUGAAGAUGACAUUGAUAGAGCUACCCUUUGUCACCUAGGGAAUCAUCGACUUAUUCUUGAUGAACAAGUUGGACUUAGAUGUGCAUUUUGCUCAUAUGUGAAAAUGGAGAUCAAGUAUAUUCUACCAUCUUUUAGUACAAAUUCUUGUGGAAAAUUAGACAGGAGGGACUCUGGAGGGGCAAUGAAUCACUCCAUCUUCAAUGAGUUUGGUUCUCAAUAUUCUGGUUGUGAUUCCUAUUCUGACUGUGAUACCCGAGCUCAUGCUGAAGGCACAGUGUGGGACAUCGUUCCUGGUAUAAAAAGUAGUAUGUAUCCACACCAGCGUGAUGGUUUUGAAUUUAUUUGGAAGAACAUUGCUGGAGGAAUUUACGUUGAUAAGUUGGAAAACCAAACAGCAUUUCAUGGUGGAAAUGGGUGUAUUAUUUCUCAUGCACCUGGGACAGGGAAAACUCGUUUAACCAUUGGUUUUCUCCAAACAUACAUGGAGUUCUAUCCAUCAUGCAGGCCUAUUAUUGUUGCUCCUUGUAGCAUGCUGCUGACAUGGGAAGAGGAGUUUCAUAAAUGGAAGUUUGACAUCCCUUUUCACAAUCUGAACAAGUCGGAGUUGUCUGGCAAGGAAAGUAGGUUGACUGACUACAUUGUGAGGCAAGUUGGACAUCUUGACCAAAGAGAUAUCCGUAUCUUGAAGUUAUAUUCUUGGAAAAUGGAUAGAAGCAUUCUGGGGAUAAGUUACAAACUGUUUGCUCAACUUACUGGAGAAGUUGAGAGAAAGGGUGAAGUAAGGCUAAAUACUGAACAUGCUCAGCUCAGGAAAGUCCUUCUUGAGCUUCCUGGUCUAGUUGUCCUUGAUGAAGGACACAUCCCGCGAAAUUCCGACAGUAAUAUCCUUCAGGCAUUAUCAAAUAUAAAAACGGAAAAGCGCAUUAUUCUUUCAGGAACUCCUUUUCAAAAUAAUUUCGAUGAACUAUAUAAUACUCUCUGCUUGGCGAGGCCACAGUUUGCAAACAUAAGACAUAAAUGGGGAUCUCUUACAAGUUCCAUUGCCAAAGCCACUGAUGAUAGAACGAGAUGUGAGAAACUGAAAAAGGUUAGAGAUAUGAUCGAGCCAUUUGUACAUGUACACAAAGGUUCCAUCCUACAAGAAAAACUUCCAGGGUUGAGGGACUCUGUGGUUAUAUUACAGCCAGCCCAACUGCAGAAGAGCCUUUUUGAUGAACUCUGUCAUCAUGCUUUGACGAACCAUUUUAAAUUUGAGUACUACGAGUCGUUGAUCUCUGUCCAUCCUUCACUCUUGCUCAAAUGUGGGGAAGAAAAGUUUCCUUCUGACAGGGUUAAGUUAGAAAGAUUAAAUCCUGACGCUGGCGUAAAAACAAAGUUUCUAAUGGAACUCAUCCGACUCAGUGAAGCAAUGAAUGAAAAAGUUUUGGUUUUCAGCCAAUAUCUUGACCCGUUGAUCUUUGUAAUGGACCAGCUUAAAUCUCAUUUUAAUUGGACUGAAGGGAAUGAGGUGUUGUAUAUGGAUGGACAGCUAGAUGUAAAGCAGCGCCAGUCCUCAAUUAACGUUUUCAAUGAUCCAACAAGUGAAGUAAGGGUGUUACUUGCAUCAAUUAGGGCUUGUUCUGAAGGUAUAAAUCUGGUUGGGGCUUCAAGGGUUGUUUUACUGGAUGUCGUAUGGAAUCCAUCAGUCGAAAGACAAGCUAUAUGCCGAGCACAUAGGCUUGGGCAGGAAAAAGUAGUGUACGUCUACCAUCUCAUCGUCUUCGGGACAAAGGAAGAGGAGAAAUAUUAUCGUCAAGUCGAGAAGGACUGGUUAUCUGAGUUGGUAUUCUCUCCUUCGGACAGGAGUGGUGAUCAGGAGAAACUCCCACCUACAGACCUGCAGGAUGAGAUUUUGGAAGAGAUGGUUAAACAUGAGAAACUUGAACAUAUCUUUGAGAAGAUAGCAUACCAACAGAAAGAGUCUAAACUAAUUGAGACAUUUACCUUGUUGGAGAAGAGACCAGUUAUAUGAUACCACCAUUUAGUCCAUGAAGCUGAAAUCGUUCUCUUUUUGGUUCAAGUGUCCGGUGGCAUUUAGAAAGCUUCCAGAAAAUCUUUGUAAAAACUGAACAUAAAUAAUAGAAACGGUAUGUUUCAUUUCUAGUUGA